UCGGGCGGGGCGGGUCCUUCCUGCCUCGGAGGCCGAGCUGGAGGGGCACAAGGAGCGCGGUGCGCAUGCGAGGUGGGCCCGGACUUCGGAGCGUGACAGUCCCACUCCCCAGCCUCCUCCUGUCCCUCCCCGACGCCUCGCCCCAGACUCUGGCGCUCCAGCACCCAGGCGCUCUGUCCUCGUGAAGGGCGCGGGCUCCCGGCCGCCCCUUCCGGACCGCCCUCGGGCCCUUGUCCCUCCGACGGCACCGGCUCUUCGGCCUCGCGCGUCUUGGUCCCGCACACCGGCCUCUGCAGGGCCGGAGCGGGGAGGACCCGGCCUCAGGACUCGGGCAGCAUGAGGACCUCCCUGCAGGUGGUGGCACUGUGGGGGAAGAAGGCCCCUCCUCACAGCAUCUCUGCCAUCAUGAUCACCGAUGACCAGCAGACCAUUGUGACCGGAGGCCAGGAGGGUCAGCUGUGCCUCUGGAACCUCUCACCUGAGCUGCAGAUCUCAGCUAAAGAACUCCUCUUUGGUCAUUCAGCGGCUGUGACAUGCCUGGCCCGAGCAAGUGACUUCUCCAAACAGCCCUACGUCGUGAGUGCUGCUGAGAACGGGGAGAUGUGCGUGUGGAACGUCACCAGCGGACAGUGCGUGCAGCAGGCCACUCUUCCCUACGGGCACACUGCCAUCUGUUACUACCACUGCUCCUCCCGGAUGACAGGCGAUGGCUGGCUCCUGUGCUGUGGGGAGUACCAGGACGUGCUGGUCAUCGACGCUGAGACCCUGGCUGUGGUGCACUCGUUCUCAUCGUCUCAGUCUCCAGACUGGGUCACCUGCAUGUGCAUCAUGCACUCUGUGCGGGUUCAAGAAGAUUCUCUGCUGGCAGUGACGGUGACCGGGGACCUCAAGGUGUGGGACCUGUCCUCAUCCAUCAACAGCAUCCAGGAAAAGCGAGAUGUCUAUGAGAAAGAAUCGAAAUCUCUUGACUCCACGAACUGCCAGACGAUCCGAUUUUGCACAUACACAGAGCGACUUCUGCUGGUGGUGUUUUCUAGGUGCUGGAAGGUGUACGAUUACUGCGACUUGUCCCUGCUGUGGACGGAGGCCAGCAACGGUGGGCGGCUCUUUGCAGGCGGAGAGGUGCUGGCGGCGCACAGGGUCCUCGUCUGGACUGAGGACGGCCACAGCUACAUCUAUCAGCUGCUGAACAGUGGGCUUGCCAAAAGCAGCAGCCCGGCCGACGGGAGGCUGCUGAGAGAGACCGUUUCUCCACAUUUACUGUGCUCUGCCUCCGUGGAGGAAAACCAGAGCCUUCCCUUUGUCAUGGGCUACAUGAAUGAAAGGAAGGAACCUUUCUACAAGGUGCUGUUUUCUGGAGACGUGUCGGGGAGGAUUACUUUGUGGCACAUCCCUGAUGUCCCUGUAACCAAGUUCGAUGGUUCUCCUAGAGAGAUACCAAUCACUACCACCUGGACCCUUCAAGAUAAUUUUGACAGGCAUCAGAUGGUGUCACAGAGCAUCCUUGACCAUUUCUCUGGGUUUGGGGACGAAGGGGCAGCUGAGGCCGUGACGGCCUCGGAGUAUGUCCCCCGCCUGGACAAGCUCAUCUGUGGCUGCGCGGACGGGACCAUCUUCAUCACACAGGCUCUGAACGCUGCCCAGGCAGGCCUGCUGGACCUCGGCUCUGUCCCAAGAGAUUCUUCCCCUCACAAAGUCCUCAAAGGCCACCAACAAAGUGUGACUUCCUUACUGUACCCUCACGGUCUCUCUUCAAAAUCGGACCAGAGUUGGCUUGUGUCAGGGGACCGGAGCUCCUGCGUCAUUCUGUGGGACAUCUUUACUGAAGAAGCCCUGCAUAAGUUCUUUUUGGAAGCUGGACCAGUAAUGACUCUUUUGAUGUCACCAGAGAACUUCAGACUGAAGGAUGACCAGAUGGUGUGCUGCGUGUGCAGCGACCACUCGGUGGCCCUCCUGCACCUGGAGCAGAAGAGGCCCCUCCUGCGGGCCCGGAAGCACCUUUUCCCUGUGACUACCAUCAAGUGGCACCCGGUGGAGAACUUUCUGAUUGUUGGGUGUGCUGAUGACUCUGCCUACAUCUGGGAAAUUGAAACAGGCACUUUGGAAAGACACGAGACAGGAGAAAGAGCAAGAGUUAUUCUUAACUGCUGUGAUGGCUCGCGGCUUCUGAAGCCCGAGCCCGUGCUGGCGGCUGCCUUGGAGACACGGGAGCACGGAAGUGAGGGACGGGGACCCUCGGGCUGCCCCUCGCCUGGGCCAGGCGCUUGCCCCGCACUGCGGGUGGAGGCCCCGUGGCAGGCUGUGGCUGCCAGCUCCUCCCCAAGGCCCUUUAACCUCUUGCCCGUGAAAACGAGAUGGAGCCAUGUUGGCUUCCACGUUCUUCUGUUUGAUCUGGAGACCCUCACAGAGCGUUUGCUACCCGCUGCCCCGGGCGAUGCUGACCCCACCGGCUCCUUCCACGGCAGGGACCUGCUGCGGAGAGCCCGGAGCACGGUGGGCAAGAGGGCGGUGCCCACACGGAGGAGCAGAGCCGCCUGGGGGCCUGCCAGCCCCGAGCUCCCCAGUGUGGGCCUGGCCCAAGGCGACAGCGCUGCCACAGUCCUGGAGGAAAGUGAUGGUGUUAAAUGGCAGAAGAAGAGGAAGAGCUCCAAAAGGACACCUCCUCAGCUGUCUGGCAGAGUGAAUGCCAGCCUCACUCUGGACACGGCCAAGCUGUUCCUGUCUUGCCUCCUGCCCUGGGGCGUGGACAGGGAAUUAGACAGCCUCUGCGUCAGGCACCUCAACAUCUCCAGGCUGCAGGGCCCAGUGUCUCUAGGACUGGCCUCCAACGAGGACCACUUCUCGCUGAUGCUGCCUGGCGGGGAUCUGUGCAGCACGGGAUUGAAGGCAGAAUACUCGGGGGUGAAUUUAUUUUCCAGAAAAGUUUUGGACUUGUCAAAUAAAUACACAGCCACUCUGCCAAGCCACUUAGGAAUAUCCAGAGGGCUAGAAAAUGAUUGUGAUAGUUGGCAAGAGUCAAAUACCAUCACUUACUUAUUGAGCAGACUGUUUUUAGUGACUAAGUUAGUUAACAUGCCUUUAGAAUUGGCCUGUAAAGUUGACAGAUCCUUCAAGGUGGAAUCUAUACAUAAAGUGAAGAGUCCUGUAAAUGAUAUUUUGCCUAUUUCAAGCUUCUAUAGUCACUUAAGAAAUGGCAGGACCGGCUCUCCGCCUCCCGAACGCGACCUUUCGCUGGUGAAGCUGAUCUCCUGUUGGCGAGACCAGUCUGUGCAGGUAACUGAAGCAAUCCAAGCUGUCCUGCUGGCUGAAGUGGAGCAGCACUUGAAGACUCUGAGGAAGGCACCGGCAGACAGUUGUCAUGUGUGCCUGGGACAAAGAGACAGCAGGGACCAGGUGCGGCCCACCGCCGAGGUGGGCCAGGUGGAGGACCUGCAGCCAGAGUCGCUCCGGAGCGCUUCGCCUGUGUACCCUGCAGUCAGUCCCGGCGAGCAGGACAGCAACUCAGAGACAGCCAACUUCUGGGACUCGGCGGAUGUGCCUGGCAGAUGCGUCUUGGAAGUGUCUGAGAGUCCAGGCCAGCCGAGGCAGCACUCCUGGAUAGCCAAGAUGUGUUCCUGCAGGGUGUGCUGAGUGGAGUCAAGCCACAGCAGCCCGCACUUCGCCGACGCAAGCGUGGCAAGCCCGUCUCUCAUGGCCCUUGCAGAGCAGUGCUGCUGCUGGUCCACUGCGGAUUUUUGGCUUGGUUAGCCCGAGUGUGCUGGACGAACAGUCCUGAUGGAAAAUGCUCACUCUCUUCUAGCACAUGCAUGCCCCAGCCAGCCCUGGUGAGCCUGUUGGAGCUCUCGGGGAUGCGACAGCCUGCUCCAGCCUGCGUGCUGCAGGUUGGCCAUCACCGCCUAAGGCAUUCUCUCUCUCCCUCCUCCUCCCUCUGUGCUCACAUUUUCAACAAGAAAUGCCAGCUCACAGAUACAAAUGUAACAGUUCUUUGAAUUCGUUUCCAUUUUUUCAGCCCCUGAGUUAUAUAAUAAACAACAUUAAAGCCA